GAGAGAGAGAGAGAGAGAGAGAGAGAGAGAGAGAGAGAGAGAGAGAGAGACUUCGAGAGAAAAUCCCUGUCUAGGCAUGGACCUCCGAGUGCAGCACUCGGCAGCUCGCGAAGAAUGACAACAGUUCACAUGGUCAUUAACUCCAGUCGCUGAGGCUGAAGGGAAAGCUGUGCUGUAGCUCAGUGUCACAGAAGCACCGGGGGCCUCCUAGUCUCGGGACAGCAGACAGACAGACAGAGGCACACAGCCGAGCUACGGGACCCAGUGAAACAAGAUCACAGACAGAAAGUGCCUUGCAAGACAACAUCCUUACUUGAAGAUCCCUGGGCGUUUUCUGAAGAGCUCCAGAUUUUUCCCCCUGCAGUCGUGAUAGGACUCAGCCGACCUCCUGACCUGUUUGUUUGUCCUUACCUGUGCUCAGUGCGAAGAAAUCCCAAGUGAAGCAGUGGACUACUACCGCACUGCUGGCCAAGGUGCCAAAGCUCAGAGAGCAUGUACUGAAGACUUUUAAACAAUAGAAAGCCACAAACGUGUUUUAAACUGUGCCGUUGCACCUCAAAAUAGCACCACUUUUGCUCCCCAACAUCCACCCUUGCACAGAUAUCAUCACUCAUACAAAGGUCAUUUUUCGGUACAUUGAUACAACCGGUAGAGUUUGUCUCUGAGCAUGCCCCCUCUGCCUUGUCAGAGGUCUGCACCUGAGACUUACUGAUUGAUGAACAAUUAGCUGUGUGACGGAGAAACUCCAACAGCAGUGCAGUCCCAUGCUCCGGUCACAGAGACUUUGCCAGUCCAUUACCUACACUUUCCUGUCCGCAAGGACAAACCUCAUCCACUGACCUGAAGCAGAUCAUUUACAGCUGCAUGUUCCACCAGUUUUAGUUGUUGCGGCUUUUAUUUUUUUUAACUGUAACACUCUGAAACACCUCCUCAGAGGAUAGCCUCCUCCUAAAACCAAGUGGCUCCAGUCCACCCUAGCUCCACAGCCAGUGCUGCUGACAUGGCUCUAAACAUUGCCUCGAUACGGGACACAAAAUGGCUGACCCUGGAAGUGUGCCGGCAGUUUCAGAGAGGGACUUGUUCACGCAGUGAUGAGGAAUGCAAAUUUGCCCACCCACCCAAAAGCUGCCAGGUGGAGAAUGGAAGGGUGAUCGCCUGUUUUGACUCGCUAAAGGGCCGAUGCACGCGAGAGAACUGCAAAUACCUGCACCCGCCCGCUCACCUGAAGACCCAGCUGGAGAUCAACGGGCGAAAUAACCUGAUCCAGCAGAAGACAGCGGCCGCCAUGUUGGCUCAACAGAUGCAGUUCAUGAUCCCCGGCACCACCAUGCAGCCUGUGGUUAGUGCUGGUCUUUUUGCUGUGCAGACGUUUCCAGUCAGCCAGGGCCUGGGUUCCAGCGCAGGUUUGAGCUACGCACCCUACCUGACUCCCAUGUCCCACAGCAUGGGCCUGGUGCCCACAGACAUCCUGCCCAACACCCCCUGUAUGGUCCCCGGCAGCCCGCCUGUCUCCGUGACUGGUGGCUCUUCCUCCAACCAGAAACUACUGCGUACAGACAAGCUGGAGGUUUGCCGUGAGUUCCAGCGGGGCAACUGCGCUCGCGGGGAGACCGACUGCCGCUUUGCUCACCCCAGCGACAGCCCCAUGAUUGACACCAGCGAUAACACGGUCACCGUCUGCAUGGACUACAUCAAGAGCCGCUGCUCCCGCGAGAAGUGCAAGUACUUCCACCCCCCGGCCCACCUGCAGGCCAAGAUUAAGGCUGCCCAACACCAGGCCAACCAGACAGCUGUGGCGGCGCAAGCCGCCGCCACAGCUGCAGCCAUGACUCAGUCGACUGCCAAAGCAAUGAAGCGACCCCUCGAGGCAACUGUAGACCUGGCGUUCCCCCAUGGCGUCCUCCAGCCCCUACCAAAGAGACAAGCACUUGAGAAGAGCAACGGCUCCCUGUUCAACCCCAGUGUUUUGCACUACCAGCAGGCGCUGGCCAACGCACAGCUCCAGCAGCCCACUUUCUUUCCCACAGGGUCAGUCUUGUGCAUGACUCCUGCUAGCAGUCUUGUCCCAAUGAUGUACAGUGCUACGCCUGCUACUGUCUCUGCAGCAACAACUCCUGCCACAAGUGUCCCCUACGCAGCAACAGCACCAGCCAAUCAGAUUAUCCUGAAGUAAAUUUCAGGAAGGGAAUGGAGUGUUACGAAGCUGCACUAGGAAACCCAAAACAGUCCCUGUGUAAAUACUACCUUACCUCUCCCAUAGAGGUCCAGCAACCUGCAUGCUAAGAGUGUAACACUUCAUUUUAAC